AUGCCUUACAACACUCGUCGCAAGUCUCUGUCGCUUCCUUCGCUGGGGAUCCACCUCCCGAGUACUUCCCGUCGCUCUCCGUCGGCUUCCAAACCACCUCACGCGACCGACGACUCGCUCCCUCCAUCCAAGAAAGUGAAGAGAUCGCACGAUUCACAAUCGCUCUCCCCCGAGCCUUCGCCAUCCUCGACUGCCUCGGCGACCUUGUCGGCCGGGCGCACAACGGGUCGACGCGGUCCGCUGGAACAGACGCCGCCACCCUCGCCGACGGACGGAACGCUCAAUCCUAAAGUGGAUACAGAGGGCAUCAACGAUGAUAUCGUCGUCGCCGUCAUCGAGCAGCUGGAAAAGACCGGGAAUCGCCCCCAUCUAGUCAAGGAGCUGGCCGCCGUGCUGAUUACCCUGAACGAGAAUGUCGCAAACUCUGCCAACCCCGCUGCUCUCCUCUCCUCCCGCCUAAGCACAUACAUGAAGCGCCCCUGGACCGCUCUGGCGCCCUGUCCGUUGGCGAAGGAGCUGAUUCUCGUCCACCCUCGCAAAGUGUACUAUUACUUGACAACAUACCCUCGCCAACCCAUCCCGGAGAACUCAGACGACGUCUUGGUUCCCAGGUUGGAGGGAAAGAACAUCACGCCCAGCGUCUCUAGCGCUGACUUGGACGAUGACGACGAGGACGCUUUAAUGCGGGAGCGCUCCCGCCUCAGCCCCAGUCCGGAGGUUGAUCUAUCUUCUCCCGACUUCGAGGAAGAGAAUAUCGAUCUCGAUGGUUCCUCUGCCAGAGCCACUCCGGACUUCCACCAUGCGCGUCUCCUGCACUCCAAUCGUGCUGCUUCCCCGCCCCUCGAAGGCGACGAGAAGGAGUUCACGCAAACUGCCAGCGCUGUUCGCGAGCGGGCCUCGGAGCAAAAAGUCGGCCAACCUGAAAAGUCCAAGUGGGGGUUUUCUGCGCUGUCGGAAGGCCUGAACGAGCUGGAAGAAGGGGGAAUGAGUAUCUGCGACUCUGCCAUGGACGACAGCCCGUUGUCCUCCAUCAGCGAGGAGCGGAUGUCCGACUCGUGCACGGGCGAUUACUUUUCCCACAGUCCGACCCAGGACCAGUCCUCCCUCCAAGAACACCUUCAGCAACAAGAGUCGGAAGAUGCCGCUGCAGUUGCUCUCUUUGGCACAUCCCCCUCUCCCUCGCUCACGUCAGUGGCCUCGUCUCUCUCGUCUGGUACGAGUGCGGCUUCUGACGAUGGGCUGGAUAUUGAAUCACACUCGGCUACGGUUGGGGCCACCCCCCAGAUCAGCCUUCCCGAGGAUCCCAAUAUCCCGACAGUCUCCACUCUGAAGCGGUCUAUUGAUAUGCUCAAUAGCGACAUUCCGGAUCUCGACAUGAAGAUGUCUGAUCUGGCGGAGCAGGAAAGCAAGGUGUCUCUGGCCGCCGUCGACACGGACGUUGAGAAAGUCUAUGAUUCGUGGAGAGAGUUGCAGAGCCCUGAGACCGUGGACGUCCAUGAGCUCGAUGAGAUGUUCGGAGAGAUCUGA